AUGUCUCCAACCACCGUCAUUCUGCCCCAAACUGCCACUCCGGCGCUCCUUCCCGCCAAAAUCCCAGCCCGGAGUAACCUUAACCUACGCCAUCUCCCCACUAACCUACGCACUUUUCCAUCAUUCUUAUCCGUCAAACCCAUCUCAGCAAAGCCUUGUCCGAGCUUCCUCAGAGCAAACCCACCUCAGAAUUACAUUUAUCCUGACCCAAACCCGGAGUUUGCCGCUGCUGAGACGAGGAAGUUUAAAGAGGAGCUAACCAAGACGCUGUCCAGGGAAAAAGAGACUUUUGGUGAUGAGCUUAAUGCCGUUGUGAACGUUUGUACCGAGAUAUUUAGUGAAUUCUUGCACAAGGAGUAUGGAGGACCAGGGACAUUAUUGGUGGAGCCUUUCACUGAUAUGAUGGUUGCACUCAAGGAGAGGAAACUCCCCGGAGCACCUUUAGCUGCAAGAUCAUCUCUCUUAUGGGCUCAAAAUUAUGUUGAUCAGGAUUGGGAAAGUUGGAACUCCACACCAGAAAAAUAA